UUCCCGCCCCUGCCCCGCCUCCGCCCCAGGCUCACGCGAGCUGGGUGUUUCCUGUCUUUCUUAGUCCGGGUUUGGAGACUCCGGCGUCCUCCGGCUUUUCAUGGAAGAGAUGUCAGGAGAAAGUGUGGUGAGCUCAGCGGUGCCAGCGGCUGCGACCCGCACCACUUCGUUCAAGGGCACAAGCCCCAGCUCCAAGUACGUGAAGCUGAACGUGGGUGGAGCCCUGUACUACACCACCAUGCAGACGCUGACCAAGCAGGACACCAUGCUGAAGGCCAUGUUCAGCGGGCGCAUGGAGGUGCUCACGGACAGUGAAGGCUGGAUCCUCAUUGACCGCUGUGGGAAGCACUUUGGUACGAUACUCAACUACCUUCGUGACGGGGCGGUCCCCUUGCCUGAGAGCCGCCGGGAGAUCGAGGAGCUGCUGGCAGAAGCCAAGUACUACCUGGUCCAGGGCCUGGUGGAAGAGUGCCAGGCAGCCCUGCAACAGAACAAAGAUACUUAUGAGCCUUUCUGCAAAGUUCCUGUCAUCACCUCAUCCAAGGAAGAACAGAAACUUAUAGCGACUUCAAAUAAGCCAGCCGUGAAGUUGCUCUACAACAGAAGUAACAACAAAUACUCGUAUACCAGCAAUUCUGACGACAAUAUGUUGAAGAACAUCGAACUGUUUGAUAAGCUGUCCCUGCGCUUUAAUGGAAGGGUCCUGUUCAUAAAGGAUGUCAUUGGGGACGAAAUCUGCUGCUGGUCCUUCUAUGGCCAGGGCCGCAAGAUCGCUGAAGUCUGCUGUACCUCUAUCGUCUACGCCACCGAGAAGAAACAGACCAAGGUGGAGUUCCCUGAAGCCCGGAUCUAUGAGGAGACCCUGAAUAUUUUGCUGUAUGAGGCCCAGGAUGGCCGGGGACCUGACAACGCACUCCUGGAGGCCACGGGUGGGGCGGCCGGACGCUCCCACCACCUGGACGAGGACGAGGAGCGGGAGCGGGAGCGGAUCGAGCGCGUGCGGCGGAUCCACAUCAAGCGCCCGGACGACCGGGCCCACCUCCACCAGUGAGCGGGCAGGGGGCCCCCGAGCGCGCCCGCCCGCCCUGCUCCUCCCUGCUGUGCACGCAGAUCCCCCGAGAGCUCCCGGGCCUCCCACUUCCCCCCGAGCCCGGAGAGACUGCAUAAAAAGCCAGAUGACGAUUUUGGUAUUUCUCGACCAGGUGAAUGGAUUGUCUUUACCCAGGUGAACACACCCCUGCUAUUGAACAAGCUGGGUCCAAGGUCUCUGCCUUCCUGAGAAUCCGAGAAGCACUGGAGCCAGGCUUUCCUGGUUCUGGAGGAAGAGGAUGAAUGGGUGUGGUGUGUAUGUGAGAACUUGUCUGCAGUAUUUAUUUCUGUGGGUGUUGACUGCCUCUUGGAGCUUCUCGGGUCGCCUUCCCUCCAGGGUUCAGUUUGUCAGCUCUGAGACGGGUCCUGUAGUCGGCGGUCACCAGCGGUGUCUGCGAGCUCAGUGUUUCCUGACUCUACCCCAGCACCCUGGCCCCAUCCCCAUGCCCGGCACAGGCUCCACGGCUUUGAGAACAGCCCAUCCCGCCCCGGGCAUCGAUCCUAGAGCUUGUUGAAGGACCACAGCUCGUAGCAGUGGAGAUCCCACCUGGGGGGUUCCUGCCUCUCAGCCGCUGUUCCUAGUGUGGCUCUGGAUGCCCAGCUCUGUUGAAGGGGCAGGCCUGUUGCCCCUUCUGCUGAUCUGUGGUCUGGUGCUCGUUGGGACCCCGCAGGGUCUGGCCGAGAGCAGAGCUGCCCCUUCCUCUGCCCUCCUUGUUGACCCACUCCAUUCUGGGAAGGCUGCCUGGCCUGCUUACGGGCAUAGCGCACAGACCACUGCCCGGUGGGCUCCAUUCCUUCCUCCUUGGCCUUCUGCCCCGUUAAGUGGGACUUAUUGCCCCCAGCGGAUGCCCUGCCCUUUGCUUAGAAGAAAUUAAACAUGGCCCCAGACUCUGUUCUGGCGUCCAGACGGGACCACUGCUCACACCAGCAGCCUCAGGACGGCUCACUUGCUGUCAGUGCAGCCGUCACCUGGAGACCCCUUCCCGUCUCUGAUUCUUACACAGUGUGGCGUGGCCGUCGGUGAGCAGACGGAGAGGACGUGCAGAUCCUUUUGGGUCCGGUCAGUGUGCGUGUUCAUGUUUGUUUAAGGGACGUGUGCGACUGUGGAUGAGGAUGUGUGCCCGUGGGGCCUGGGUGGCCCGCACUGGAGCCCUGCUGCCUGCACGGCGCUCGUGUGGGACGGACGUUCUCGGUUACCUACCUCCCCGUCUCCUCCGCGCCCGUGACGCACAGAGGGAGUGGUGACGAAUGUGGGUGCUUAAGACUAGGCUGAUAGAGUAGUUCCAAGGAGAUUCGGAUGUGUGUAAGGUAUGGAUGGGUUUUGUCCGCUAUUCAAGGGAAACGUUACCAUUUUAUACCAAAGGUAUGAAUACGGGCAGCCUUUGAUACAGUGUAUUCGAACAAAACGAGUUUAUAUUUUGAAAUGGUUUUUACAGCUUAGACUUUGUACAUCCUGCCCUACUUGUGACAGUUGUAUGCCUUUAUUUUGUAUCCAGCAGCAAAGCCUACAAUAAAACUUUAAAACAAUCAUGA